AUGUCUGUUGUCGGCUUCGACAUCGGUAAUUUGAACUGUUACAUCGGUAUCGCCCGUCAGGGUGGUAUUGAAGUAAUCACUAAUGAUUAUUCACUGCAUGCAACCCCAACAUGUGUUGCUUUUACGGCGAAAAACAGAUGCAUGGGUGUAGCCGCUCGACAAUCAGUGAAUACCAACUUCAAGAACACCAUCAUAAAUUUCAAACAUAUGAUUGGAAGAAAGUACAGCGAUGCCAUUACUCAGAAAUUCAUACCCUUCGUUCCAUGUCAAACUAUACAGCUGCCGAAUGAUGACAUCGGUUUCAAAGUGAGUGGUUAG